AAGGACUACAGCGGCCGCGACCUCACCGCCGAGUUCUACACCAAGGGCUCGCUCAAGCGCGCCAAGUUCGGCGGCAGCAACCUCGCGGGCGUCACCCUCUUCGGAGCCGACCUGACGGACGCGGACUUCACCGGCGCCGACCUCACGAACGCGAACCUCGGGCAGUGCAACCUGACCGGCACGAUCUUCAAGGACGCCAACCUCUCCGGCGCCAUCGUCAGUGGCGCCAACAUGGACGAUCUGGGAGACAUCGACGGCUCGGACUGGACCGAUGUCAUCGUCAGGAAGGACGUCAACGAUAAGAUGUGCGCGAGGAACCCGCAGGGCAUCAACGCUGUCACCGGGAACCCGACAGCCAUGAGCCUCUUCUGCAACUGA